AUGGAGAAGUACGAGCGCCUGCGGGAGCUCGGGCGCGGCUCGUACGGAUGCGCAGUUCUGGUGCGCGAGAGAAGGGGCCGGAAACAACGUGUCAUCAAAGAGAUUGACUUGUCUCGUAUGCCUGCUUCCUCACAGCGUGAGGCCAAGAACGAGGCCGAUGUCCUGAAGCGGCUGAGGCACCCAAACAUUGUGGACUACUGUGAGUCCUUCCUGGAGGGUCAGAUGCUUUGCAUAGUGAUGGAGUACGCCGACGGCGGAGAUCUCAGCCAUCUCAUCAAGGGGAAGAAGGCUGCCGCCGAAACCAUAGGCGAAGUUGAGGCCUUGAACAUCUUCGGCCAGUGCUGUCUUGCCAUCCAGCAUGUGCACAAUCAACACGUAUUGCAUCGCGACCUUAAGUCCCAGAACAUCUUCUUGACGCAGGGAGGCAUCGUGAAGCUGGGAGAUUUUGGUAUCGCCAAAGUUCUUGCACACACUGCUGCAGAAGCCAUCACCAUGAUUGGGACUCCACUUUAUCUUGCGCCGGAAGUUUGUCAUAGCAGGCCUUAUGGCAUGAAGGCUGACGUCUGGUCUCUCGGAGUGGUGUUAUACGAGCUCUUGGCGUUGAGCCCGCCAUUUACCGGCAGCAAUCUGGCAGCGCUGAUCAACAAUAUUGUGACUGCCAGCCCUGCGCCUCUUGCCCCUAACUUGAGCCAGGCUGUGCACGACCUCGUCGGUGACUUGCUGCAAAAAGUACCGGAAAGACGACCUGGCAUUAACGAAGUCUUGGACAGACCUUGCGUUCGUCUGUUGCUAGGGACGGCGGAAACCACGCAGGAUGCGACAUUCGUUCCACAACACGUGCAGCAGAAGCAUCAGGAGGUGCCUCAGGAGGUACCAGAUUCCCUAGAGAACCUCCUGCAGAAGACAGAUCAACAUCGGAGGAAACCGCCUCUUCCGGAUAGUGUGCAGUUGGCCCAAGAGUUCAGACGAAACAGAGAUGCCGCUAUGGCUGUUAAGGCACGUGUGGAAGGCAGAACAGCAGCCUGUCACCAACGCAGCCAUAGCGAAGAGCCGGAGCGCGCUCUCAGCAGCUCCCGAAAAGUGGUGGGCGAGGCGGAGCAUCUCCGAGCACUGCAGGAAGCUGCGGCGCAAGCAAGACGCGACCGGCGAAAUGGGCAGGAGCGCUUGCGCAGAGAAUUGGAGACCCCCCGUGUCCGCGACAUAGAUGCGACGGAUCAUGAACCGCGAGUCCGAGCAAGCUCGGCCGAUGAGGCAAAGCAUUUGUUUGAUUUGCACGAAGCAGCAGCGCAAGCUAGGCGAGAUCGACGUCAGGUACAACAAAGGUUAAAAGAGCUUGAGAGGGGCCCGGACUUACCAUUACCGUGCACAGAUCAAACCCAGGUACACGUCGAGGCUGGCCUCUCCAACUCCUCAAGCCCAUCGAGAACGAAGCAAAGUCGAGAAAGUGCUGAAGCUAAUCAUUUGCUCGCGCUGCAGGAGGCGCGUGCGCAAGCUCGCCGAGAUCGCAAGCUCAUUGAUGCAAAGCGGAAGGCGGAGGAAGCUAUUGAAAAUGACAGGCCUGAAAGUGUGCAGCAGGCGCCACAACCUUGCAAGCCACGGACGCCGGAGGACCGCGCAGCAGCCGAGGCAAAGCAUCUGCAAGCAUUGAAGGAUGCCGCGGCCGAGGCCAGACGUGAGAGACGAAUGCUUCAGCAAAAAAUUCAGCAAGAACUCGAAGGCAACGCCUCCCAAGGUGAGUUCUCCACUAGUCCGGAGGCUGGGGGCAGUCGGCACCUCCCUACAGAGAGCCCAGGCAACUCUGCAACCUCGCCAAAGCUUCCUCGUGACAAUCUCGGCCCCAGCCAGGCCAGAUCAGAAGAGAGGGAAGGCUCUAACUCGCCUGAGCUGGAUGGUUCCCGCUCUUCCUGCUUCAGUCUGGCUGGACAUCUGGCUUCGUCAGAGCCCGACUCUGUAAGUCAGCGGCAGAGCAUCAUGUCUAGCCGCUUGGAGUUGCGGAACUCGGAUGGACUUGAGGGCGCACCAGAGAGGGCCAUGCCGCCAAUUCCUGACAAGCGUGCUGCGCCCGCACGACGGCCACCAAGAGAUGCGGAUACGUUGGGGUCUUUGUCAUACUCCCUUACGGCCCCGUUAUCUUCGUCUUCGAUGGCAAAUUCUAUCGGAAAUGGCUUGUAG